GAAGACAGAGAUGGACAAAUCGCCCUUCAACAGCCCCUCGCCGCAGGACUCCUCACCCCGCCUGAGCAGCUUCACGCAGCACCACCGUCCCGUCAUCGCGGUGCACAGCGGUAUCGCUCGCAGCCCGCAUCCUUCAUCCACGCUGCAUUUCCCCACCACCUCCAUUCUCCCCCAGACGGCCUCCACCUACUUCCCACACACGGCCAUCCGGUACCCGCCUCAUCUCAACCCGCAGGACCCACUGAAAGAUCUCGUCUCGCUGGCCUGCGACCCGUCCAACCAGCAGCCCGGACCGGUAAGGCUCCCACAUCCCAGCACCGGUCCCACAGCAGGGACACGGCCACCCCAGGGGGACACAGCCAUCCCGUGGGGACACGGCCACCCCAGGGGGACGCAGCCAUCCCGUGGGGACGGGGUACCCAAGAACCAUUAUCAUCCCCAUGACCGUGGGGAUUUGUGGUGUCGCCGCAUGGGGAUGUGGGGUGUGAUGCAGUGGGGUGUGACGUAUUGGGGUGUGACGUAUUGGGGUGUGAUGUAUUGGGGUGUGAUGUAUUGGGGUGCGAUGCGGUGGGGACGUGGGGUGUGAGGUGGUGAGGUUCUCCGUGGGGUGCCGGCACCCGGCGCUUGGGGUUUUGUGGCCCCAAACGAGCCUUGGCAUUGGUUUGGUGCAGAAAUGGA